AUGGCAGGCGACAAUCACCGGGUACGUCAACUACAGUACAGUCACCUGCCUCCUCCCGUGGACAACACCUCGGAGCCUGCGCCCAGGCAGGUCAGCUCGGCCGGGAGGAAACACAAGGAAGCGCGAGGGAUGCCCCCCGCGAUGGCUCCAGGCUACGGAGCUUUCAACGGGAACCUACUGCAGGGCCCCAGGUAUUCUGCCCUGUCUUACGAUAGCGUGGAUGGGUCGAGUCACAUCAACGCCCCCGUGCACAGCCUCCAGGAACUGCAGAAAAUCUCGAUGCAGCCUUACUCGCUGGCGGACUGCCCCCGGGUGCCGCCCCCUCUGUACCACAGCACGUCCUCGCCCCCCAAGUUCCCAGGACCCGUCCAGCUCAAAGUAGUUCAGGGCUCGAGCCAGCCAACCGGCGGCCAUUACUCCCUCCAGCCGCAGAGCUACCGGCUGCCUGUGGAGUACCCGGCCUCCAGCGGACAGGUUGCUAUGCCCACUGCCCUGUUCACCAACCGGCACAACCCGGGCAGUUUCCCCCUGUUUCCCGACAACGUCCGGUACCUGCCUCCGCACUAUCAUGUGCUGCCGCCCGAGAGCCCCGGCCCCCCCCCCACCGCCACCACCGUGCCUUUGAUCCCGCCCGCCUACCAGCCCCCGGACUUGGCGCGCCAAGCCUCCACCCGAGCCAAAGGGUCUCGCGCCCCCUCGCAACGGGACGACUGCGCCCACACCCCUCCCAACGCUCCGUCAGGAAACGUCUUGCGCUUCCGGCCGCGGGUCAUCAUCGACGCCCAAAAAGUCCAAAGGUGCCGCCGAAGCCCGCCCGACCUUGUCCCCGACGAGGACCAGGCCGGUCAUUGCCAGCUGCUCAGUAAGCACAGCGCCUUCCACCCCGUGGUGUCGGGGAGCCACGUGAAGGGGGCAGGAGAGAAAUCCGCUCUCCCUCCGGCCCCCCGCCCGUUGCAAGAACCCGCCGUCCACGACCCCUCGGUGAGCGCCUGCCUCCUGCCGCCCAGCCUGGAUUACGACCCGUCCCCGCUUGAGAAGUCGAAACCCCCGGCUUCCCCACCCAUGCCCGUCAUCAACAACGUCUUCAGCCUGGCGCCGUACCAGGCCUACCUGGAGGCCUCGGGUAUCUUCACCAAACAUCUGAAAUGCCAGUUGCACCAGGAGUGCACCUGCGCCAAGGAAGGGAAGAUUCCGGGCUGCGGGGAAGGCGUGGAGGACUUGCACUGCGAGAGGCGUAGUAGCCCGGCCUCCAACGGGCCGGCGUCCAAAAUGGCCACCGGGUACCCGUUCGAGGGGGGCAGGGAACCCCUCGACGGGACGGGCGGACGCGGGCAAAGUGAGGCCGGCGACUCGGCCGGCCCAGCGAGGGCUCGCUCCGAGUUCCAGCCGCGAGCACUGAACUUCUCUCUCAAGCCCAGCGGCCGGCUCCAAAACGAGGGACCUCCGCCCGGCGGCGAGUGCCCCCCCUUGCCGCUUAUGCCCGGGUCAAGCUGUGAGUGCCCGCACGCUCGGCUCGCGGCGGAAAACGGAACGGAACCUGACACGGCCUUGGACCUCAGCGUGAGAAGCAAACUGCGGUUCGUGAACGCCGCCUGGCAAUCCCCGGCCCCGUCCUCUUGCUUCUCAUCCUCCGCCUCCUCCCCCUCUCCCGGGGCCAAGCAAGAGUCUGCCUGCCCUCAACCGGCUGCACCCGCUGAACUGCCAGAGGUCGUCACCGAGCUCGCGAGCCAGGGAGAGCGACCCGGAAGCCGAGAGCCGUUGCCUGCAGAGCCGGGCGAGAAGAAUGCAGGCGAGGCUUCCGAUGAGGCCACCAAGUCACAGACAGGGCACGUUAACCUGAAGAAGUACAAGACUCUGAGACCCGCGCCAGCCCCGCCAGCCCCGCCAGCCGAGAAGGUGCCCGGACCUAUUAAAUUUCAUUCGGUCGAUCUCCUGGUCCCAUUGUCGCUGAAGCUGAGACCUUUGAAGCUGCUGUUGCCCGACCUGCCCAAGUCCAUGUUGAGCCGCAAGCCGGAGCCCGCCACUCCCCCGAGCGAGAGCAAGGUGCUCGUGCCCGACAACGGGGAGUCUGUGCACAGCGACCCCCAGGCCUACUUCAUGCGUCUCCACCAGUCGCUGUGCAGCAUGGUGGCCCAGUCGGUGACCGAUACCUCCAAGGAUGUCCUGCGUCUCUGCCUGCGGGACGUGGAGGCCGAGGAGAGCCAGGGCACAGAGAACCCCAGGCUCCGAUCUUCACCCAAAUCCAAGAACGGAACAAAGAACUACGGGCUGCUGAAGAUGUCCAAGUCCAAAGAGAUCUGGCUGCACCACGAGCCGGUGCAGAGCGCCCUGCAGAAACUGCUUGCCCACCUGGAAACCUACCUCUUCACCCGGAGAUGCCCCUUCCCGCACGUCAUCCGGGCCGGGGCUAUCUUUAUCCCCAUCUAUCUGAUCAAGGAGAAGCUCUUCUCCAAACUCGAUGGUACUAUGAUCGACCAGGUUUUCCAAGAGCACAAGAUCGAGCUCCGGCCCACGACCCUGUCAGAGGAGAAGAAGCUACAGAGCGAGUUGCAGCUCCAGCGAUGCUCCUCCAGGCUCAUCAAGCUGCUAUCCCUCAAACAGUUGCCCGACAUCUAUCCCGACUUGCUGAAUGUCCUCUGGCAUUCCUGUCUGAAAGUCCACCUCGGUGACGACAUUGAUGAAGACCUGAAGGACACGGAUCCCCCUCAGGCUCCUGCUGAUCCGAGCAACAGCGAUGACGUCGGCAACAAUCAGCCGUCGGACCCUCCUCCCGGGGAGUUUGGGGCAAAACCACAGAGUGUAUCGGACGUCCCGUCUUGCACGCAGGAGAAGCAAGACGUUAGCGUCACGGGCUCGAGGCUCAGGGUGAAAGGAACCAAACGCCGUUGGAAAUUGGCCAUACCUUGCUCUGUGAAUUCGAAGAUGCCGCGUGUCGCAUGCUGUCCACAGAGCGCGCACGAGGUUAAAGAGCGUUCAGAGAGCCCCUCCGGCGUGCGGAGCAAUGGAGGUAGUACCCCUGAGGUGAAGGCGGAGGAGGCCGAGACGCCCCAACCAUCUUACAGGAAGUUACGGAAGAGGAAGAUCCUGUUGAUGGCGAAAGCCAGCGCUACACCUAACUGUGAGAAAAACAGUAGUAGUCUGGCGCUCACCAAACCCGUGACCCCCAAUGGGGGCGAGAGAGAAGCCAAGGAUUCCAGUCCUGUCCGAGUCACCAAAGUAUGUCGCGUUUUGAACAGGAACAAUGCCAAGGCCGAUUCCUUGAGGCCAACCAGAAGCACGUCCAAAGUGCUGCACCUCCGCAGCUCAAUCGUGCGCUUGAAAUUCCAGAGGCCGCAUCGAUUGUCCGCGUGCCGGCCCACCACCCUGAAGCCCCCAGUCACCGGGAAAACUGCCUCGACCUGCAGGAAGUACCCUAAAGCCCUCGCAAAACACCGGGAGAUGGAGUAUCCGAACCUGGUGGGGAAACGCAUAAGACACCUCUAUGAGGAGAGCGACAAAUCAGAGUCCUGGUACAAAGGUCUGGUGGUCCGAUUGCACGAAAAGCACCCAAACCCUUUAAAGACCGUGUACGAGGUGAAAUACGACAGCGAACCUGAAUGGCAGUACUACCUCGAACUCCUACACGAUUACGCAAAGGGGUGGGUGAGGGUGGAAGUGUAACUUAAAACGGAACGUAAUUCUUUAAAGUUUGAUGUAAAAAGAGACUCGAGUAAAUAUUCCUUAUUUUUUUUUCCCCCGGGGUGGGUGAGUGGCGGGGUGGGGAGACAGGGAAGAAAGAGAGAGAGAUUUUUGCGUUGAUCGAUCGCCCCUCGACUCGAGAGGAUUACAGAUUGCGAAGAUCACCUUCAGCCUGAAGUGACAAUCGAGCUGCUUCUCCCGGGUCGGGAACGCUACAUUUGGUCCGUUGAAAGGAUUGAAAGGAUUGCCCUAUCCUUAACACAUAGAGUUCUGUGCACAGCACCUUAUGGGUUCACUGUAAAACUCACGGCCGCAACACUGGCGUGUAGCUUGUCAACAGCAUUGACCUUGUUGUAAUCGUUCAAUGUUCUCCCUUUCCCCCCCCCCCCCCCCCCAACCAUGCACACCCCCUACACUUUACCUCUUAAGUUAAAACAGAUUUAUAUUUUUUAACAGGUUUCAAAGCCGACUCUAACCUCAUUGUCCACGUGGAAAUGAUAAAUUGCUUGAACUUUGCUUCCCUGCGAAUCACUUGUGUUGUUUGUCUAAGGUUGACAUUCCGCCUAUUGGGCGGUGCUGGACUAACAGUGUUUUUGGGUGCAAUAGUGACGAGGAAGCUGUGUUUAUGCUGCUAGUUCCUAAUGCUGCGGAGUUGGCAAGGAAGACUGGCAGAGCUCACUGGGGCAGGCUGGUUGCUGUCCACUGAGCACUCAGCUCCUGUUAGCCCCAGGAGCCAAAGUCCUAGCAGCGGGAAAGCUCGCCGGACCAAAACACUAGCAGAGUUGAACCAAAACUAUGCCUAUGUGCAAAACUCUGCAUUUAUUGUCGGUCGUUCAACAGAGUUUUUGACUGUUCUUGUGUUGGAAGGAAAUUUCAACCCGGGUUUAGAUUUUCCUCUUAAUUGUCACAUUUCUUGGUUUUUUUUCUUAAAAAGUACUUUGCAGAAAACUUGGCUUCAAGACCAAGGCUCUUGUUUCCACGAGUUAGCCAGAUUGGGGAUGUUGUGAGAUGCUAAGUAAGAGGAGAAGCCUAGACCCUAGUGGAAUCUCUUCCCACUUGUUGGCAACACUGUUACACCCAAAAGUGCAAUAUAAUCCUAGGCGGUGGACGAAAAUAUUCAUUUUGGGGGGUGCAGAGUGGGGGCUGAGUAAAAUUUGUUGGGUUGUCCUCACCUCGAUGGAUCUGUCAGUCAAGCCUUUUAAGACUGGCGAUCCAUUGGCUUGACUGACAGGUCCAUUGGCCAAUCACAGGUGAGUGCCCCCCCCCCCCCCCCCGAUCAGCAGCCCUCCGGGACCAGAAGUGGGCGGGUGCCACCAACAAAUUAGGAGAUGGUUGAGAAGGGGGCCUGCAGGUUGGGGCUCAGAGGACUAAGGUCUUCUUGGGGCUUUCCCCCCUUCCCUUUAAAGAGGUGACUGAAGAGAUUUGGAAGGGGGCUGAGAACCCUGUAGUCUCAUUGCUGCCUUAAAUCCAUCCGUUCUUCCCCUCAGUUUCCCCGACUCCAUUAGCAUUAUUUGUUAGAAUAGUUUGGGUUCUCUUUAUCAGGGGUUCAGUUGAAUCAACUCCAGAGACAAAUGUAUUUCCAUGUUUACUGCUCGUAUUUCCAGUCCGUGCUAAACUUGGGCAUUGAUCAGACACACACACGCAUUAAUUAAAGUGUUUCUCUCAAGAGUGUAUACAUUUUUUUUGUUACUCGUUGCAAUUUGUUUCAUAAGUUAAGUUAAAAAAAGAUUCAAGUUUAAAUGUUUUCAAAGUUGUUGUUUACUAUGUGCCUGGAAGUGGAAAAGGCAGGUUUGAGAUGUAACCAUUCGCGUUGCAAACUGUGUAACUUUUGUAUAAAGAUUCGAAAGUGA